GAGAACCCUGAUCAGUUCUUAAAUAUAAAUCCAACCUCCAUAUCCACCUGUAGAUCGAUAUACGCGCAGCCAAAUAAAAGAUACUCCAUAAAUGGAAAGAGAAGACUGAUCGACGAAGGAGAAGGAGAAGAAGCAUCAUCUGCACAUCCGGAGAGAACGCGAUGGAGCGUCCUCUGCAUCUUCUGCUCGUCUUCCUCUCCUCGCCAUGGCUGCUGCUGCUGCAAGGCGUGAGCUCGCUGCAGUUCACGCGGGAUGACUUCCCCCACGACUUCGCGUUUGGAGCUGGGACUUCGGCUUACCAGUAUGAGGGGGGAGCUGCUGAGGAUGGGAGGACCCCAAGCAUCUGGGACACCUACACACAUUCAGGGAGGCAUCCAGAAGAUGAAACAGGUGAUGUGGCCUCUGAUGGCUACCAUAAGUACAAGGAAGAUGUCAAGCUAAUGAGUGAGAUAGGCCUAGAGGCUUAUAGGUUCACCAUUUCUUGGUCAAGGCUCAUUCCUAGUGGAAGAGGAGCGGUUAAUCUAAAGGCGCUGCAAUUUUACAACAGUAUGAUAAAUGAGCUAGUGAAAGCAGGUAUUCAGAUACAUGUUGUCAUGUAUCACAUGGACCUUCCUCAAAGUCUUCAAGAUGAGUAUGGUGGGUGGAUUAGCCCCAAAAUUGUAGAUGACUUCACAGCAUAUGCUGAUGUGUGCUUCCGCGAGUUCGGUGACAGAGUUGUGCAUUGGACAACUGUACUUGAACCAAAUGCAAUGGCUCAAGCUGGCUAUGACAUGGGGAUUCUGCCGCCUAACCGUUGCUCAUAUCCAUUUGGCAGCAAUUGUACAGCUGGAAAUUCCAGUGUUGAGCCAUACUUGUUUAUACACCAUAGCCUGCUAGCUCAUGCUUCAGCUGUUAGACUUUACAGGGAGAAGUACAAGGUUGCACAGAAGGGCAUUAUUGGCAUAAAUAUAUACUCCAUGUGGUUCUACCCAUUCACAGAUUCAGCUGAAGAAAUUGGUGCCACUGAAAGGGCAAAGAAGUUCAUUUAUGGCUGGAUCUUGCAUCCUUUGGUGUUCGGAGAUUACCCAGAUACCAUGAAGAAGGCCGCUGGUUCCCGCCUUCCGAUCUUCUCUAACCAUGAAUCUGAGAUGGUUACUAAUUCGUUCGACUUCAUUGGAUUGAAUCAUUAUUCCUCAGUCUACACGAGCAAUAAUAAUAACGUAGUAAAGGCACCGUUACAGGACUUGACUGCUGACGUUGCUACUUUGUUCAGAGUGACCAAGAAUGACACACCUACUCCAGUGUUUGUACCAGGAACCAUAGUAGAUCCUCGGGGGCUAGAGCAUGCACUUAAAUAUAUUCGGGAAAAGUACGGAAAUUUGCCGAUUUAUAUCCAGGAAAAUGGCAGUGGAUCAUCAAGUGAAACCCUGGAUGAUGUGGAGAGGAUUAACUACUUAGCAAAAUACAUCGCAGCCACACUGAAAGCCAUCAGGAGUGGUGCCAAUGUGAAGGGGUACUCCAUGUGGUCAUUUGUUGAUCUCUACGAGCUCUUUGGUGGUUACUCCACUUGGCAUUUUGGCCUUGUUGCUGUCGAUUUCGACAGCGAAAAACGGAGAAGGCAGCCGAGACGCUCUGCUAGCUGGUAUUCAGAGUUCCUGAAGAACAAUUCAGUCAUCAGGGUGGAGGAGGAUGGUUUUGUCUCUGCAGCCUCUCAUGCUCAGCUCUGAGUGCUGCCACUCUGAAACCAUCCUAUUCUCCUGCAUUCCAGUGAUAUGAAUAUAUGAUGAUGUAUUAGAGUUCAGAGAUGGAAAUUGUAAAGGUGUACUACGUCUGCAAAGUGCAAACUACUCAGAGUUCAUGCUGAUAUUAUCUUCA